AUGGCGAAAAGGCAACUUCAGGAGGGUGGUUCCGGAUCUUCGGCUCGAGGAUCAAACAGAAGGAUUAACAUUAAUCAUUGGAGAAAUAUGAACGGUGGACUGUUGCCGGGUGAAUUUGCAUCUUUUAUCGAGCCUCUCUUUCGGAAAGUGGUAUGCUAUGCCUCUCAGUCUCUAGCUGUGUUGCUUGAGAAGGACUCAAGUCCGGUUAGUGAGGAAGUGGAACGUGUGAUCUCCAGCUUUCAUGAUCCACCGUUAAGAGCACCGUCUAAUCCUGUUGGAACUUCUGAAGAAAGCAGUUUGCGACUGCAGUUCGUUACCAAAUUGCCGACAACCAUCUUCACUGACAGUCAGAUAGAAGCUGAGGAUGGUACUCCUCUGAGGAUCGAAGUAGUAGAUUGCAGGACCAAUGAGAGGGCAAGUGGCCCUCUAUCUUCCAUAAAGCUCGAAAUUGUCAUCCUUGAUGGCGAUUUCGGGUCGGGCAAGGGAGAGGAUUGGACUGAGAAGGAAUUCAAUUGCAAUAUCGUUCAUGAAAGGGAAGGGAAAAGGCCAUUGAUAACUGGGGUGCUGAAUGUGACCUUGCAAGGAGGAAUUGGUUCCCUCCGUAAUUUAAUCAUAACCGACAGCUCGAGCUGGAUGAGAAGUCGGAAAUUUAGGUUAGGAGCUCGAGUUGUUAAAAAGGUUUCUGCAGAAAUAAAAAUAAGGGAAGCAAGAAGUGAAACUUUUGUUGUUAAAGAUCAUCGAGCAGAGUACUUAAAGAUUGACAAGUUUUUUCUAAGCGCAGUGAACAAGAAGCACCACCCUCCAUCUCUGAGUGAUGAAAUACUUGGCACUAGGAUCACCAAUCGGACAUGGGAGAAGAUUGUCAGACACGCCAUCUCAGAUAACAAGAUGUACGCUUACUACCAAGAUUUGAACAAGGCCAGCAUACUGUUCAAUUCGGUAAUGAAAGUUACUCAAGCAACACUUGACGGCCAAACUUACCAGUCUGUAGACAAACUGACCCACUCUCAGAAGAUUCUGGUGCAGAACUUAAGAAGGCAAGCUUACCAUAGCAAGAAUCAAUGGGUGCCGCUUGAUUCCCUACCCAGCAUCGCUCCUUCGAGAGCCCUCACCAACUUACCUAUAAAGCCGUUAAUUGGCCUGAACCCGCUUCUUCAUCAUCCAGAUUACACAGUGCUAAACCAAGCUGAAACCGAACCGCAUCGUUAUUUGGAUAGACCUGAAGUGACUCCCGAAUGUAAUUACUCCAGGGCUUCAACAUCGCACUGCUACAAUGUCACAGAGAAGAGAAAAUUAGAUUGUCUGGGGCUAGAGAGUCAUAUCAUUGCAAAAAUCUUGGAUCCGACCGUGGCAAAGAGCUCGGCGAGGCAGGAUGUUUCGUCCCGUUGUAGUGCUGGCAAAAGCAGUCAUCAUCCUGGUUACUCUCAAGGACCGUUUGCCCUGGAAUUUCAUUCAUCUCCUGAGGACCUCUACAAAGUGCCAUCUCAGAUCCCUGGCAAUUUCUGUUGA